ACAUGAAGCAGAAGAAUGGCAGCCGCUGCCCAUUUCAGCCUGUUUCAGCGGCUGUUUCGGCCGGAAUCGGCCGUAUCGGCCUGUUUCGGUGGCCGUUUCGGCUGUAUCGGUUCCCGUUUCCAUCGGAAUCGGCCCGUUUUGGCCCGAAUUGGUGCGAAUUUGGCCGAGUUGGCGCGAAUAAAAAAAAAAAAAAAAAGGGAGAGUUGGCGAGUCAGACGCCGGACGCCGCGUCGAACUCUGGUACGACGACCUUGGAGCCGCAUCAGUGCUUUCUUGGUGGAGGGUGCCUGUGGUUGGAUCAAUUUUUUAGCAGAGGGGAGCAUUGGUGAAAAUGUACUUUUAAGGGGAUCUGGACUCUUACUUGGACAGACCAUAUGGAAGUUUUACACUUUUUUAGGCCCCAAUUUAGGUGGACAAUUUCUCAAAUAUCAUUAUGAAGAUGGGAAUGGUACUUAUCUUUGGCAGGAUAGUUGGCAUCUUGGUCCUCUGUUGCUUAAAUAUGUACCUCGGAUCAGCAAUGACAGUCAGUACUGUGAAUGCAAAGGCCUCAUCAGCUCACAAUGGAGGAAACUAAAGUUGGCACCCAGCAAGGUUUGUGGCUUUAGUUCAUAUUCAGGGCAAGUGUUUUUAGGCAAACCUUGAUCAAAAUGUAGCAGAAAAUGUCAAUUUAGAACUACAAAAUCAGGAGAAUUUGAAUGUGGGGGACAUCAUGGAAUGCUAUUAGACUUACUCCACCAAAAGUUUAGCAAUUCAAGCUUACCGGGUAUUCUAACUAAUAGACUUUGUUCCAUUCCUAGAAGACCUGAUACUUGGGGUGCAUAGUUAGCUUGGGCAAUAGGAGCUCUAAAAGGCAGAAAAUCUUUGUUGUUAUUUUU